CGGCCCGGGAAGGCAGCGAGGAGCCGGCGCCCCCCGCGCCUGCGGUCGCCCUGGAGUAAUUUCGGAUGCCCCGCCGCAACCGCCUUCCCGAAUAGAUCCGGGAGAGGAGUUGCGGCCAACUUGUGUGCCUUCUAUCCGCCCCGGUGGGAGCCGGCGUUGCGCGAGGGCUCUCCCGGCGACUCAUGCUGCCGGCCCUGCGCCUGCCCAGCCUCGGGUGAGCCGCCGGAGAGACGGAGGAGCGCGGCGGCGCCGCGGGCUCGGCGUGCUCUCCUCCGGGGACGCGGAACGAAGCAGCAGCCCCGGGCGCGCGCCGGAGGCAUGGAGCGCUGCCCCAGCCUGGGGGUCACCCUCUACGCCCUGGUGGUGGUCCUGGGGCUGCGGGCGGCACCGGCCGGCGGCCAGCACUAUCUCCACAUCCGCCCGGCCCCCAGCGACAACCUGCCCCUGGUGGACCUCAUCGAACACCCGGACCCUAUCUUUGACCCCAAGGAGAAGGAUCUGAACGAGACGCUGCUGCGCUCGCUGCUUGGGGGCCACUACGACCCGGGCUUCAUGGCUACCUCGCCCCCCGAGGACCGGCCCGGCGGAGGCGGGGGGUCAGCCGGGAGCGCAGAGGACCUGGCCGAGCUGGACCAGCUGCUGCGGCAGCGGCCGUCGGGGGCCAUGCCGAGCGAGAUCAAAGGGCUGGAGUUCUCCGAGGGCUUGGCCCCGGGCAAGAAGCAGCGCCUGAGCAAGAAGCUGCGGAGGAAGUUACAGAUGUGGCUGUGGUCGCAGACCUUCUGCCCGGUGCUGUACGCUUGGAACGACCUGGGCAGCCGCUUUUGGCCGCGCUAUGUGAAGGUGGGCAGCUGCUUCAGUAAGCGCUCGUGCUCAGUGCCCGAGGGCAUGGUGUGCAAGCCGUCCAAGUCCGUGCACCUCACGGUGCUGCGGUGGCGCUGUCAGCGGCGCGGGGGCCAACGCUGCGGCUGGAUUCCCAUUCAGUACCCCAUCAUUUCCGAGUGCAAGUGCUCAUGCUAGAACUCGGGGCCCCCUGCCCGCACCCGGACACUUGAUUAAUCCCCACCGACGCCCCCUGCACCAUCUCCAACCAGUUCCACCA